UAUUUACCGUGUGUCUGUGUGUUAUCUGUGAAGAAUUUUACUCAUUCUGAAGAAUUUUAUCUGUAAAGUAAAAUAAAUUAGGCGUCUCUUAGUAUAAGGACUACUUGCAUUCGAAUAUAAUAGUGAAUAAAUCAUAAUGACUAUCUUAAGCUCUGUUUUGAAAGAAAGUGUUAAAGCGUUCCAGAAACUUAAAAAAAGAAAACACAAUUUCAUUGAUUCUUUACGAAUCCAUGUCCAAGGUGGAGCAGGUGGGAUGGGUCAUCCCAAGUAUGGAGGUGUAGGAGGAAGAGGAGGCAGAGUUUUUGUAGAAGCUAAGGAAGGAAUGACUCUAAGGGAUCUUAAGAUGUCCAUGAAAGACAAUCACAAAGUGAAGGCGUCCACGGGUCAGGACAGUUCAACUCGAUGCAUUCUAGGAAGAUCAGCAGACGACGUUGUCAUUCAGUGUCCUCCUGGAGUAGUUGUCAUGACUGAGUUUAACAACAAGCUGGGGGAGGUGACCCAGGAGGGGGAUAUGGUCAUGGUUGCAGAAGAAGGUGCGGGAGGAGGACCUACGACGGGUUACUGUGGGUCCAAAGGUCAAUCCCUCACCAUCCGCCUGGACCUAAAGCUCAUAGCAGACGUAGCGUUUGUAGGUUUUCCAAACGCAGGGAAAUCUACUCUGCUCUCCAAACUAUCUCGUGCUUCCCCGAAAAUCGCCAGCUAUCCUUUCACCACAAUGAGGCCGACAGUAGGCAUGACCCAGUAUCACGACGGCCGAGUAAUCUCACUCGCAGAUCUGCCUGGUCUGAUAGAAGGUGCUCACGUCAAUUGCGGCCUCGGCCACCAUUUUCUCCGACAUGUGGAGCGCAGCAAAAUGCUGCUUGUGGUGGUGGACAUUGGAGGCUUUCAGUUGAGCCACAAGUAUCGCUACCGCAGCUGUAUUGAGACGAUCUUGUUGCUCAACCGGGAAAUAGAACUAUACAAGGAACCUCUGCUAGAUAAGCCUGCCAUGCUACUUAUCAAUAAAAUGGACACCCCAAAUGCAGAAGAAACAAGCAAAGAAGUAGUAGAGGCAGCAAUGGAUUUGACACGUGUGCUUCAUAAGUUUCCGGAGGAGUUUCGACCUGAACGCCCUUUUGAGUUUGUAUCCAUACAUAAGAUAUCAGCGAGAGACGCAACUUAUGAAGAACUCGAGGAGUGCAAAAGACAGAUUCGCCGAGCGUUGGAUUGGGCAGCUUCGGAAGUGGAAACGGAGGCAGAAAAAGAGGCAGAGUUGUUGCAUAAGUUUAGGAGAAAACAGACAGAAUUUGGACCUACUUUAGUGUAAAUAGACAAAUCUCUGUGUAUAUUGUGUAUUAUAAGAUAAAUUGUAAUAAAAAAUAGGUACUGUUGUA